AUGCCGCAGUCUUCCUUCUUUGAGAAAGAUAGGGCCGCAAUAGACACGGUGGACACGACAUGCCCCAAGACACUGACAGUUGAGGACGAAGAAGACGAGAGAUGUCCUACUGAGUCCUGGAAGACGCUAUCGUACGAGGAUCAUGCGACAGCGACAGCAACAAUAAAGAGCACUCUCUGGAUUACCGAGUUCGAGUUCACAACGAUCCAGGUGACGGAUUCGGAACGUAUCCCUUGGACGACGCGACCAGACGAGCUCCAUGCAAGCACAGCCACGCCCAUGGGCACGCCAGUUGUCACCCAUUUCGUCACCAGCCGCUCGACGGUCAGCGAGGAUACGAUGAAGCUUUCCAGCGAAGUCAUCCAAUGCCUUCUUGCGGUCGUCUUUGUGGGCUCUAUGCUUUGGCUUGCCACAUUCUGGCGUGGCAAGAGCGCCUUCCGUACCUUGUGCGUCCUAUCACCAACCUUUGCCCCGUCAGUCCUUAUCUACUGGCUGAGGCCCCAACUGCAUACGCUUGAUCUUGGCUGGGCGUCUAGCAACGUGCUUCUGACAACAAUCGCCGCGACUUCCUUCCUCGCCGCCUCGCUGCUUGUAUUAGAUGUCACGGGCGUGACCACGCUCCUCUACGAACUGUUCGACGUGCUGCGCAGGUGGAGGCAUGCCGAUGGAUGGAAGUUUGGCUGGGGCUGGACGUCGGACGCUCGGGCAGGCGCCAGACGCGAGUUUACGUCUACCCACCCGGCAGCGACUUGUCCAACUGGGAGAGACCCGCUGCCAGGGAUCCCUAGGUGCGGCUCAUACCUGUAG